UCAUUGUUGUUGUUAAUUAAGAGGAGAGAAAGAAACCGCAAUCGGAGGCGCCCAGACCUAACCCUACCUCUCCCUCAACGAGACAUGUCUCUAGCGGUUCCUCUCCCUCUUCCUCCGAGCUCAGCUUCGUCGUCUUCCAACUCCACUCAACUCGGCGGUGGUGGUGCUCCGCCGCCGUUGAAUUUCUCGGAACUGGAGCGAAUCAACCGAAUCGGAAGCGGAAGCGGCGGAACAGUCUACAAAGUCCUCCAUCGGCCGAGUCGGAGGCUUUUCGCCUUGAAGGUGAUCCACGGGACCUACGGAGACGAAGACACCAUUCGUCGCCAGAUCUGUCGUGAAAUCGAGAUCCUUCGCGACGUAGAUAACCCUAGCGUCGUCAGGUGUCACGACAUGUUCGAUCACGCCGGUGAGAUUCAACUUCUUCUGGAAUACAUGGACUGUGGAUCUCUCGAAGGAAAGCUUAUACACAACGAAUCCCGCCUCGCUGAUCUAUCUCGCCAGAUCCUCUCCGGGCUGUACUAUCUCCACAAGCGUAAGAUCGUUCAUAGAGACAUUAAGCCUUCGAAUCUGUUGAUGAAUUCUCGAAAUCAGGUAAAAAUUGCUGAUUUUGGGGUUUCCAGAAUCUUAUCUCAAACGAUGGAUCCUUGUAACUCGGCGGUUGGGACGAUUGCGUACAUGAGUCCGGAAAGAUUCAACACCGAUCUCAAUCACGGAAAGUACGAUGGAUAUGCUGGAGAUAUUUGGAGCUUUGGAGUGAGUAUUUUGGAAUUCUAUGUUGGCCACUUUCCUUUUGCAGCUGGGAGUGGAGAUUGGGCGAGUCUCAUGUGUGCAAUCUGUAUGUCUCAGCCUUAAGAGCUGUCCUACACCACACGCCGAGUCGCUCCCAUGUCUGCUUUUUUCAGAAAGUUAAAAACAAAACAAACAAAGAAUAAUCUUGGAGGGGUGGAACCUCUCUCUCUCUCUCUUCCCAUUGUUCCCACAUGCACGCACCGCCCAAAAUUUUUUUAUCAUAAAGCUUAUUGGUGCUUGUUCCCCACUUUCUUUUUCUUUUUAUUUUUCGUACUCAUUAUCAGUCCACUUUUAAACCCACUCCAGCACACCCACAAUCUUUUUUUUUUAAUAUUUUCAGCCUUUUCCUUAUAUAUAUAUUC